UUGCAUUAAAGUAAAACUUUGCUGCUAUGAAUAGAGCUUGUUAACAUGAAACUCACUGGAAUCCUCUGCAUCCCAGAGCGCUAUGGAGCAAUUUUCAACAUGGGAGAAUUGUUACAUGUGUCUGGUAACAGAAGACAGUAUUUCACUGACAGAAAACUUACACUGAGUGGAGUGGAAACACCCUGGCGCCAAACCUGUAACUCCAAAGUGAACAGAAAUGCUGGAGCAUUGAAUGAAAAAAGUAUGAGAGCAGUGGUGACAGGAGGCGGAGGCUAUUUUGGGUACAAGCUGGGAUGUGCUCUUGCCACUGCAGGAGCUUCUGUUGUUCUGUAUGACAUACACAAGCCUAUCUGGGAAAUUCCCAAUGGAGUAGUGUGUAUCCAGGCAGAUGUCAGGGAUUAUGAUGCCAUAUUUGCAGCCUGUGAAGGGGCUGACUGUGUGUUUCAUGUAGCUUCAUACGGAAUGUCAGGAAGAGAGCAAUUGCACAGAGAAGAGAUUGAAACGGUAAACAUUCAUGGAACAAGAUUUGUCAUUGAUGCCUGCAAACAAAGGAACAUUGCUAGACUGAUAUACACCAGUACGGUAAAUGUCGUGUUUGGAGGGCUUCCUAUUGAAGAUGGUGAUGAGGAAACUGUGCCAUACUUUCCAAUUGAAAAGCAUGUUGAUCAUUAUUCCAGAACCAAAUCAAUUGCAGAACAAAUGGUACUAGCAGCUAAUGGAACUCCACUAGCAGGAGGUGGAAUACUUUAUACGUGUGUUCUUCGCCCACCAGGAAUCUAUGGACCAGAAGAGCAAAGACACUUGCCAAGGCUGGCAAAGAAUAUUGAGAGAGGCCUACUUAGCUUCAAGUUUGGGGAUCCUUCUGCUAAAAUGAACUGGGUGCAUGCAGAGAAUCUUGUACAAGCUCAGAUUCUAGCUGCUGAGGCUCUCACCCCUGAAAAGAACUACAUAGCUAGUGGCCAGGUGUAUUUCAUUAAUGACGGCGAAGAAGUCAACCUUUUUGAAUGGUUAACUCCACUUUUUGAAAGAUUAGGUUGCAGUAAACCACGGAUACGUAUUCCCACAUCCUUAGUUUAUGUAUCAGCCAUGACAAUGGAAUACCUUCAUCUGAUGCUGAAGCCCUUUGUUGAACUGUCCCCACUGCUGACCAGAAAUGAGGUACAGAACGUUUCUAUAACUCAUACAUUUCGAAUAGACAAGGCACGAAGUCAGCUGGGGUACAGCCCAGAGAAGUUUGCAUUUGCUGAUUCUGUGGACCAUUACAUUAAAACAAGACCAGAAACCCAGAAUCAUCACAUCUUCCUCAAAGUUUUGCUUUCUUUAAUUGUCAGUUUAAGUUUGAUCUUUCUUUCUUUAAGAUUUGAUGGCCUUUCAGUUUUGCACUUUUUUAAAGAGACACAACACUGA